AAGAAUCACGCACCGCAACGGCGCAGAGCGUUUCGAAUAAUAUCGCGAGGCAUGUGCGCGAGUGAAUAUCCAUCGCAGAUAGAGUGGCAUUCGCGUUUUAUAGAUCCGUAACGAUAAGCGUUGACAAAUCAAGGCCGCGGUAAGAAUUGGCGAAAAUUGCGCAACGAGAAAUGAAGGGCAUUACGCCGGACGAAUACCGGCCGGGCAGGUAUUCCGCGCGUAUUUCUGUUCAACGUCACGAAUGAACAGAGAGCUCCCUAGCAAUCGGACCAGUUGGCCCGGCAGCGUCAUCGGUCCACCAUGUUAGGCAAAGCGACGGUGGUUUUGCUCUUGAGCGGCGCGGCGAGAAAUACGCGAUAUCUCUGCAGAAAUGAAGUCAGGAAAUACACCCAGCAGCCGGGUUACAGUCACAGAAAAAUAUCACGCGAAACCAUGCGUCAGAACUACUUGAACACCAAGGCGAAGUGCGAAUCAAAAAAAUUACCAUUGGACGUUAAUGCGAACGGUGUUUUCGCGUGCAAUGAGCUCGAUCUGGAGGAGGUGCAAGUCUAUGGCUUCGAUUAUGACUACACACUGGCCUGUUACAAGCCGUCGAUGGACUACCUGCUCUACAAUCUGGGACGAGACAUGCUCAUUCAAAAAUACAAGUAUCCAGAGGAAAUCGGUAGGCUGGAAUAUCAGGAGGGAUUCGCAGUUCGAGGUUUGCACUACGACAUAGAAAAAGGUUUACUUCUGAAACUGGACAGUUUCCUACAAAUCCAGCUGGGCACAGUGUACCGUGGUUUACAGCGAGUGCCUGACGAGGAGGUUUUGAGGCUUUACAAAAACAGAAUAAUACCUAUCGCCUAUGUAGAGGCACCGAAUAAACACACUCAGACGAAGCAGGAUCCACGAUCAACGAAGAUGGUCCAACUGGCUGAUCUGUUUUCUGUACCAGAAAUGGGUCUCUUGUGUAACGUUACUGAAUACUUCGUGCAAAAUCGCAUCGACUACCAUCCCGAGAUACUUUUCCGCGAUGUGAAGAAUUCGGUGCAAAGCUGCCAUCCAAUAAUGCACCAGACUGUGGUCAAGAACGUUGGCGAUUUUUUGGAGAAAAAUAAGGACAUGAGAAAGUUUUUCGACAGAUUGAAAGGCAUCAAGAAGAAGAUGUUCCUCGUGACCAACAGUCCGUUUCCUUUUGUAAACGUCGGUAUGAAGUUUCUGCUGGGUGACGACUGGAAGGAUUAUUUCGACGUAGUUAUCGUUCAGGCGCGAAAGCCUCGAUUCUUCACCGACGAGACGAGACCCCUUCGCAUAUACGACGAAAAAAAACACACCCUGCUCUGGGACCGCGUAACCAAGUUGGAGAAAGGCAUAAUUUAUCUCGAGGGAACGGUCAAACAAUUGCAAGACAUGACGGGCUGGAGGGGACACCAGGUGUUGUACUUUGGUGACCAUCCUUACAGCGACCUCGCAGACGUCACCUUGGAACACGGUUGGAGAACGGGAGCCAUCAUCACCGAACUCACCCACGAAAUCGACAAUCUCAACGAUCCAGAGUUUAAGAGAAACGCGAAUUGGCUGCAGAUGCUGACGGCGUUGAUCGAGGAUCACCAGGAUUACGAGGGCGAGGAAGCGAAGGUUCAGUUGACCGAAUGGAUGCGAGAAAGGGAUAAUCUACGUAACGAUAUUAAACGCGUAUUCAACCAACAGUUUGGUUCAGUCUUUAGAACGUACCAUAAUCCGACCUACUUUUCUAGGCGUCUCUUUCGUUUCGCAGACAUCUACAUGAGCAACAUUACCAAUCUCUUAAACUAUUCGACCAGUCACACCUUUUACCCGAGAAGAGGCGUUAUGCCCCAUGAGUACACUAGCUAUUUCGUGUAAACCGUGUGUAAAAGGAAUCAAUUCCAUCAUGUAGUAUAAAAUAUGCGUUACAAUAUCGGUCUCGAAAUCUUAAGAGGACGAUUUCAUCGUGUUUAACUCUUUACCAAAAAAAAAAAAUCAAAAUUCAAGGAAACUGAGGAAAAAGAAACAAAAAAUAAGACACUUAGUUUCCUUUCUUUCAGAUUAUAAAUUAAAAUCAAGCUCACGCUAUUGAUACGCUUAAAUUUAUCCGUAAGGAGUUGAGUAGAUUUGUUUAAUCGUUUUUAACUUUCUUCGGUAGUUAGAUCGGUACAAUUUUCGUUGAUUCCAGUUUAUUUUUCCCUGAUAGUAGAAACGUUGCCUUACUCUAAAAUCCUGUGGGAAAAACCAAUCGCUUGUUUCGUAGCGCUAGUUUGUCCAAGUUUGUCGAUAGAUGUACCUAGUAAUGUCAAGAUUGACCUUUUCCAAUGUUGAAAAUAUUGCCAAAGCUUAAGUUUGAGUUAUAGCCUAUUACGUUAAGAAUGAAUAGAAUGAUCGAUAGAUUUAUAUAAGUUGACGCUACGUCUGCCUGAAAUGAUCGUACGCUUAUUGUUGGACGUUUGCUAGUACAAAUAAGUGUCUAAUUCUCCCGAGCAGCAUCGGGAUAUCUCAAUCAAUCUGAUCGAAUAGAUAUUACAAUUGAUAGAUAUAAAGUACGAGUAUUAACAUUGAUCGGAUAAAUUAUUUGUCAGAUAUUAAUUUAUUUAGCU